AUGAGUACUCCUGGAAACAAACGAUCAGGUUGUAAAAAGGGUCCAAAAAAUGGAAAAAAGAGACCGGGAGGUACCAAAGAAGGAGCAUCGAAAAUGACCGGAGUCUCUCAGAUUUCUGGAUUGAGUGGUUCAUCUGGUUUGAAUAAAUCGAAUCGAUCGAAAGAGGGAAAGAAAAAACAGUCAAAAGGAAAGCCAUCAGCAGUUUCCUCUGCUGCUUCGAAAAUGGAAUCGAAAAUGGAAACAAAUGAAGAAGAAGACGAUGAAGUGAAGAAGAAAGUGAAGAAAGAAGGACCGAAGAACACAUUUCAGACAAAAGAUGGAAAGAGUUAUCGAAUGAUCGAACAUCUGAGAAAUCCAGUGAAUUAUGGAGAGUUUUAUAUUGCUGAUGAACAGGAUAAGAAAUACAUUCUCCGCCUGGAACCUGCAAAACGUGGAAAGCUCCAAUUCACUCAUGAAAUCAUCACUGAAAUGGCUAAAUUAUUCACAGGAAGCGACAAAAUUCCAGUCAUUCGAUGUGUUGAAUUUGCUAAUAAUGAGAAAUUGGGAGCCAAUUACAUUGUGUUGUCUCCGUACUCUUUCCAACUCUAUGAAAUUCUGAAAGUGAUGACAGUAUUCACUCCAGGAUGUGCUUUUAAUGUCAGCUUACAAUGUCUUGAGGCGAUUCAAUACAUUCAUCAAGCGGGUUUUAUUCAUCGAAACAUCAAACCAGCGACGUUCAGCAUUGGAUAUGAUGAUCAAGAGACUAAAGUCAUGCUCACUGAUUUCCGUUUAGCUCGAGCUCACUUCGAUAGCCAUAAAAAAGUUCGAGCAGCUCGUCCUCGUGUCAAGUAUGGAGGAACUGCAAGAUACGCGAGUAUUGCUGCACUCAAAGAACAAGAUCAAGGAAGAAAAGAUGACUUGGAAUCUUGGAUUUAUAUGUUCUAUGAACUUUUGGAUCCAGAACAAGGGAUGAGUUGGAGACGUAUUCCGAGAUGCAAUAUGUUGAUUAAGGAGAAGGAAAACUUUAAAGCUCAUCUUUUGCCGAAUACUUAUCAAAAAGUUCCAGUUGAGUUCAAGAAACUCGUUGAUAUGGUUCAUGCGAUGAAAUAUGAUAGCACUCCGGACUACGCAGCAUUCAAAGAUAUUGUUGAAAGUGUUGGAAAGUCGAAAAAUCUCGAUUUGGCGACUUGUGAUUGGGCUGAUAAGUUGAAGUCAGAUAUGUUCAAGACUGCAAUCAAACAAGCUAAUGACAAAUCUACGGGAAAUCGAUGUUCUGGAAAUGACGAUUUUGAAUUCAAACAGAAACCAGUUCGAAAGAUAAUGAAUCCAGAUGAUAUCAUCAAGAACGGCCAAUUCACUUGGAAAGUUGUCAAUCUUUUGGGAAGUGGAGGAUUCGGAGAUGUCUAUAAAGUGCAUGAUAUAAAGGAUAAAAAGAAACAUUAUGCACUGAAAACUGAAAGUGAAGAAGGAAAAAAAGUGAUGCUCCGUCUGAAAGUGGAAAUGCAAGUGAUGAUGGCUAUCGCAGAAGCACGCAAAUCUGGUGAAAAGCCAGUGAUUCCGGGAAGAAAUGAUGUGAAUAGUCACUUUGUUGAGUUUGUGGACCGUGGAAAAAGUGAAGAUUUGAAAUGUAAAUUCAUUGUGAUGAGUCUUGUUGGUCCCUCAUUGGAUGAUAUUCGGAAGAAAUAUACAGUCAAACUUCACGAGAAACACAAUCCAUAUGUCAUUUCAGUUCAGAGUUUAUAUGCUGUCCAAGAUCUUCAUAACCUCGGAUAUCUUCAUCGUGAUAUCAAACCAGCUAAUUUUGCUGUUGGAUUUGGACCAGCUGAACCAACAAUUUUCAUGCUAGAUUUUGGAAUUGGAAGAAGUUAUUUGGAUCCAACUACAAAACAACACAGGGCUCCUCGUAAAUCUGUCAAAUUUCUCGGAACACUUCGUUAUGCAUCAAGAGCUUGUAUGAAAGGACUGGAUCAGGGACGGAAAGAUGAUCUUGAGUGUUGGUUGUAUAUGGUUCAUGAUAUCUUUGAUCCAGUUAAUGGUCUUCCGUGGAAAAAUGUCAGAAAACGUGAUGAAAUUGCUGCUGCAAAAACUGGAUUCUUUAGUGGAACUUUGAAAAAGAAUAAAUCAGAAGCUCCAGAAUCAUUGAGUGCCAUAUCAGCAUAUAUUGAUGACUUGAAGUUCCAAUCAACUCCUCGUUAUGACUUCAUUGUGAACUCUCUUAAAAGUACUGCAAGUGAUGAAGGUGUCACCUUGAAAGAAUUGAAUAAUGUUGGAGGAUGGGUUGGACAUUUGAAAGAGAAGGAUUUAAAGAAAGAGAAGAAAGUUGAGAGAUUCUCGGAUUCUGAAUCUGAUAAGUUGUCUGAAUCUACUGAAGGAGAAUAA